AUGAGAGAUGGUAAUAAUACCACAGGCCACCAUCAUCCACAAGGAAUGAGAGAGGGUAAUAAUACCACAGGCCACCAUCAUCCACAAGGAAUGAGAGAUGGUACCUAUACCACAGGCCACCAUCAUCCACAAGGAAUGAGAGAUGGUACUAAUACCACAGGCCACCAUCAUCCACAAGGAAUGAGAGAGGGUAAUAAUACCACAGGCCACCAUCAUCCACAAGGAAUGAGAGAGGGUAAUAAUACCACAGGCCACCAUCAUCCACAAGGAAUGAGAGAUGUUACUAAUACCACAGGCCACCAUCAUCCACAAGGAAUGAGAGAUGGUAAUUAUACCACAGGCCACCAUCAUCCACAAGGAAUGAGAGAGGGUAAUAAUACCACAGGCCACCAUCAUCCACAAGGAAUGAGAGAUGGUAAUUAUACCACAGGCCACCAUCAUCCACAAGGAAUGAGAGAGGGUAAUAAUACCACAGGCCACCAUCAUCCACAAGGAAUGAGAGAUGGUACCUAUACCACAGGCCACCAUCAUCCACAAGGAAUGAGAGAUGGUACUAAUACCACAGGCCACCAUCAUCCACAAGGAAUGAGAGAUGGUACCUAUACCACAGGCCACCAUCAUCCACAAGGAAUGAGAGAUGGUACCUAUACCACAGGCCACCAUCAUCCACAAGGAAUGAGAGAUGGUACUAAUAUCACAGGCCACCAUCAUCCACAAGGAAUGAGAGAUGGUAAUAAUACCACAGGCCACCAUCAUCCACAAGGAAUGAGAGAGGGUAAUAAUACCACAGGCCACCAUCAUCCACAAGGAAUGAGAGAUGGUAAUAAUACCACAGGCCACCAUCAUCCACAAGGAAUGAGAGAGGGUAAUAAUACCACAGGCCACCAUCAUCCACAAGGAAUGAGAGAUGGUAAUAAUACCACAGGCCACCAUCAUCCACAAGGAAUGAGAGAUGGUACCUAUACCACAGGCCACCAUCAUCCACAAGGAAUGAGAGAUGGUACUAAUACCACAGGCCACCAUCAUCCACAAGGAAUGAGAGAGGGUAAUAAUACCACAGGCCACCAUCAUCCACAAGGAAUGAGAGAGGGUAAUAAUACCACAGGCCACCAUCAUCCACAAGGAAUGAGAGAUGUUACUAAUACCACAGGCCACCAUCAUCCACAAGGAAUGAGAGAUGGUAAUUAUACCACAGGCCACCAUCAUCCACAAGGAAUGAGAGAGGGUAAUAAUACCACAGGCCACCAUCAUCCACAAGGAAUGAGAGAUGGUAAUUAUACCACAGGCCACCAUCAUCCACAAGGAAUGAGAGAGGGUAAUAAUACCACAGGCCACCAUCAUCCACAAGGAAUGAGAGAUGGUAAUUAUACCACAGGCCACCAUCAUCCACAAGGAAUGAGAGAUGGUACUAAUACCACAGGCCACAAUCAUCCACAAGGAAUGAGAGAUGAUAAUAAUACCACAGGCCACCAUCAUCCACAAGGAAUGAGAGAUGGUAUUAAUACCACAGGCCACCAUCAUCCACAAGGAAUGAGAGAUGGUACCUAUACCACAGGCCACCAUCAUCCACAAGGAAUGAGAGAUGGUACUAAUACCACAGGCCACCAUCAUCCACAAGGAAUGAGAGAUGGUACUAAUACCACAGGCCACCAUCAUCCACAAGGAAUGAGAGAUGGUACUAAUAUCACAGGCCACCAUCAUCCACAAGGAAUGAGAGCUGGUACCUAUACCACAGGCCACCAUCAUCCACAAGGAAUGAGAGAUGGUACUAAUAUCACAGGCCACCAUCAUCCACAAGGAAUGAGAGAUGGUAAUAAUACCACAGGCCACCAUCAUCCACAAGGAAUGAGAGAGGGUACUAAUACCACAGGCCACCAUCAUCCACAAGGAAUGAGAGAGGGUAAUAAUACCACAGGCCACCAUCAUCCACAAGGAAUGAGAGAGGGUAAUAAUACCACAGGCCACCAUCAUCCACAAGGAAUGAGAGAUGUUACUAAUACCACAGGCCACCAUCAUCCACAAGGAAUGAGAGAUGGUAAUUAUACCACAGGCCACCAUCAUCCACAAGGAAUGAGAGAGGGUAAUAAUACCACAGGCCACCAUCAUCCACAAGGAAUGAGAGAUGGUAAUUAUACCACAGGCCACCAUCAUCCACAAGGAAUGAGAGAUGGUACUAAUACCACAGGCCACCAUCAUCCACAAGGAAUGAGAGAUGGUAAUAAUACCACAGGCCACCAUCAUCCACAAGGAAUGAGAGAUGGUACUAAUACCACAGGCCACCAUCAUCCACAAGGAAUGAGAGAUGGUACUAAUAUCACAGGCCACCAUCAUCCACAAGGAAUGAGAGAUGGUACCUAUACCACAGGCCACCAUCAUCCACAAGGAAUGAGAGAGGGUAAUAAUACCACAGGCCACCAUCAUCCACAAGGAAUGAGAGAUGGAAAAACGUAUGAAUAG